CGCAUUAGUGACGUUGCUUGGCGAACAGGCAGGCAGGCAGGAAAGAUGUCGGCAUCAUCUUGGCUGCAUGGCCCGUCUGCUGGGCGUUUGACUGAAGGUUUCUUGUCGGUUCUAAAGGAGCAGCGCCCCGAGUAUUUACCCAGCCUACUGGACAGCUACCGAGAGCAUGGCGUGUUCCGCACGCAGGGCGCCAGCGCCGUCGGCGGACUCCUUGGGUUUAGCAACGCCAAACUGGCCUCCAGCAAGACCAAGUUUGAGGGAUUGUGUCUCCUCGCCAUGCUGGUUCAGGACAGUUCAUCUGAGCUGUUCCAGCAACACUGUCUCUCCUGGCUGCGGUCGCUGCAGCAAGUCAUACAGUCGCAGGCCCCCGUUCACACUAUCCAGCUGGCCGUGACCAUCUUGAAGGACUUGCUGCAGUAUUCGUCUCAGCUGGCAGAGCUGGCUCGAGAAGUGGGCCUCAACUGUGUCCUGGGCAUCCUCACAUCACUGCUGGGCCUGAAGACGGAGUGUGAGCUGGCAGCCAUGGAGGGCAUGACGGCGUGUAUGACCUACUACCCCCGAGCGUGCGGAUCCCUGCGGGACAAGCUGGGGGCCUACUUCCUCUCCAAAAUGGACAGCUCCAACAAGAAAAGCCAAGAGAUGGCUUGUCAGUGCUACGCCCGCCUCCCGUGCCUAGGUGGCCUGACGGACCGAGCGUCGGGCGCCAGCCGAGCCGACCGAUGGAGCGAUCAGGUUCACUGCUUGCUGGCCUCGGCCAAUGGCGCGCUGGCUCACCUUUACCGUGGUGCCGAAUCUGACAGGACGGCGCAGUACGAAGGUCCCGGGGUGGAGCUCGGCUUUCCUCCUCUCGACCAUUCGGAUGCCCUGCUGCCGCUGCAGCUCCAGCGCAGAUACACGGCCGUGUGUCUCGCACUCAAGCACACCCUCAGGGUGGAUCCGGCGUCGGCUGUGCGUCUGCCCGUCAGGCCCAUUCUCAACCUGGUGUGUCGAGCUCUCGCCGUCAGCGCCAAAAGCAUCAAUUUAACAGGCGACGGCAGCGUGAGGCUGCUGCUCCUGCCUGCUAUCCACACUUGCACACUUGAGGUCUUAUCUGCGCUCUUCACAGUCGUGCGGACCAGCAUGGUGCAGUAUGCUGCGGUGCUCCAGAGGCUCUUUUCCCAAACGCUGAGCGCAUGGACGCCUCCACCUGAAGCCAACCCUGGGCAGCAGAGAGCCUACAGUUCGGUGCGCGUGUCCGUGUAUAGAAGCCUGGAAGCGUGGGUGCAGGUGGCCGGAGCGUCUGCCGGUAUCCUUCAGGGUAGCUCCAGCCACACCGAGCUCCUUUUUGCCCACCUCCUCGGUGACAUCACGCCCGGGGCCGAGUCCAUCAAGCUUCGCGCGGGCUUGUCGGCCGACGUGGUUCCGGGAGGCAAACCGGGUCCUCGCAGGACCAAACCGUUGGUGAUGGCCGAUGCGGUCGUGCCCUCGCUCCAAAGGAAAGGUGACAGUUUGGCCAACCAGGAUACCUGCCUUUCAGCUCUCAGGGCACUAAGACAAAUCAUACUGACCAGCGGAACCCUCCUAAAGGAUGAUCUGCACAAGCGUCUCCAUGAGGUUCUGCUGCCGCUGUGCGUGCGCUUGCAGCAGCAACAGUCCAGCUGCAACGCCGCCUCCGAAUCUGCAGUGAGCGUCAGCGGGCAGUACGGUGGCGCCCUCACGCGGCGGGAACUCUACAGGUUGUUGCUGGCUCUCGUGCUGGUCCCGUCCCCCACGUGGCCUCCACCACUCACCUGCGCCGUGUCCAUUCUCAGCAAAGGACGCGUGGACCGCAACCUCAAGGUGUCUUCGUUCUGUAGCGAGGCGCUAACCAUGUGUAACGCCCUGGUCCACCCGCGCGCUCCCUCCAUUGCCAUCCCCUUACCACCCCUCACCCUAAAGGCCACGCCUUCGGCUCCUGUCCUGCCAUCUUCCCAGGGACCGACCCCCGGCCUCCCGUUGCCCACCCUCCUCGGAGGCCCCGGUUCCUCUGGGCCCUUCCCCGCUCGCCACUCGCUCGCUUUGUUGAGCUCCCUGGAAAACCACCUGUCUCUGGUUCCGGGCCACGCCUCGGGCGACGCCAUCUUGUCCCCGCACCCGCAGCACCAGCCUGAGACGGCAGGACUGGGGCCCCCCGACGGACAGAGACCCGUUUUUGUGCGCUACGAUAAAGAGGAAGCCGAAGAUGUGGAGAUCUCGCUAGCCAGUGACUCCGACGACAGUGUGGUCAUCGUUCCUCCGGGGAUGCUCGCCGCGGAGGUCCGCGAGCCUGUCGAGACUUCCGCGGCCCCGCCUCAGAACCCGGCCAGUGCCGCUGCUCCACCCGCAGGCGGUGCCCCCGAACCCAUGGCCUUGGCUCAGGCUGCCACCGAUGGGGUUUCCCUCCCCAAUGACUUGGCCACCUCCCCGCUUCCCACCGCCCCCGUGACCUCCUUUGCUCCUCCCGCCUCCUCGGUUGUCUCCCUUGUCCCGCCGGGUGGCUCGGGUGAGGGCGAGACACCGGCCGUCAGACCUCAGCUCCAGCAGAUGCUGAUGCAGCCCUCGGGCCCCGGAGCCCUGGGUCUGCCCCUCCAGAUGCAGCAGCUGCAGAAUCAGAUGGGCCCCCCACAAGGAAGGCUUCCCGCCUCCUCCAACAACGAAGACUCCGCCGUCAUCAACAUCAACAGCACGGACGACGAGGACGAAGAGGAAGACAUGGAGGAUGACGAAGAGCUGGAGGAAGAUGAGGACGAGGAGGAGGAAGUCAGCGAUUUUCCCGAGGGCGAGUUUUACGAGGGCGAGGAGUUUGACGAGUUUGAUGAGGAAGGAGAGGAGCUGGAGGAGGAGGAGGAAGAUGAGGAGGAGGACGAGGAGGAUGAGGAAGAAGAUGACGGGGGCGAAGAUGGGCCGAUGCCUCCAUUAGAGGGGGCGGAGGACAAGGCCAACGUGGGUGGCAUUGAGGAGGAGGAGGUGCGCCGGGCAGAAGUAGCGCCGGCCGCCUCGAGUGCGGACGGCGAAGCCGUGGGAGGCAUCCAGGAGAUCCAACUCAGCAGAGCCGACAUCGCCGACGAGCGUACCCGAGUGCAGGAGGUGGAGAGCAUCGGAGUCCUGGAGGGGGCCAGAGAGGACGAGGAGGAGGAGGAGGAGAGCGAGAGGAUGGACGACCCCACCAUGCCUCAGAUCUUGUGCGUGACUGGAGGCGCGCCAGAGGAGGGGGAGGAGCCGGCCAAGGCCGAGACGAAUGAAGUGGCGGCCUUUCGCCAUGAGCCGCCGGUCGCCGAGCUUCAUCCGCCACUACAGGAAGUGGCGCCGGGCCCGGUGCAGGAAGCGAGUGCCGGUGAUGACCAGCCGCCCGUCCUUCAAAACGAACUUCUGGCGGCCCCUCCUGAGGACAGCGGCCCACCGCCUUCGGAACCCGCUGCCUUGUUGGGCCCCGAAGAACGGCCCCAAGAGGAAGAAAAGGACAAAGACACACAGGGUGCUGGGAUGGAAAGUGAUGCGGAAGAGAGCGAAGGGGACGAAGGGAAAGGAGUUAAGCGCAAGAGAGACGAUGCACACAUGGACGAAGAGGCAGGACAAAGCACUGACAAGAAAAAGAUGCAUGAUGACGCCAUCGCCACCAUGUUGGCCGACUUUGUCCCCUGCCCUCCUGAUGACGACGAGGUUACAGCCUCCGGGUCAAACCCCUGACAAACUGAAACGAGGGCUUGCCAUGUUUGUGUGUGCUGUUGUGCGUCAGCUGUUCAUCCGUUAUGUUUCACAUGAACCGCUGUUGGAAAAUGAGACAUUUUUUGGACUGUGAGAGUGUCUAUCAAACUAAACUAGUGAGGCGGAGUUGUCCGAUUCAUGUACGAGAUCAGAAUUUUAAGCCUAAUUGCUACACAGACUAUGUGAAUAUUGUGCUGCGGUUAGUGACUUUUUUUGAGUUGAGGCUACUUUUAUGUUCCAUCACCAUCACUUGUCAUGCGUUUUGAUAUAAAAGAUUAAAAGCAUUGAAAAGAUGAA